UAAGAAGCACCAUAAACAAACAGUGAAACAACAGAAGGAUAUGGAAAGUGAAUGCUUUCCAAGAAAACUUCGUUAUGAUAUUAGUAUGUCAAAAAGAACAAGAAAAUCACCAUUGAUUGUCAAAGAAGAAGCUGUCAAAAGUCCCCAACACCCUCAAGAAUUGAUCAAUUCAGUUGAAAACAUAGAAGAUGUGAAUGAAGAACGAGAAGAGAAAGCAGAAAAAGGGGUAAUCAGUAACAACGAUGAAGAAGAAGAAGAAGAUCAAAAGAAGAGCUUGAAGCAGUUGAUUGAAGGUAGAGGAACUUCUUUGGGGCACCAUUUCACAGAAGAAGAAAGGCAACUUGAGAUGGUUGUAAAACAGCCAGAAAAUGGAUUGAAAUUCAAGCAAAUGGUGAGUCGUUAUGCUAAAUUUUUAGGCCAUAUGAUUAAGAUCAAGAGAAAGAAGCCUGCAGGUUACAGAUUGAAGAUGCAAGUCCAUAAUAAACCUUGAUCUUUAAUAGGUCAAGCUUAUAUUCCUUGAGCUCUUUUCUGUUUUGAUUUAAAGAAAAGACUGUGUAUAUAUGUAUUUGUACCUUCUCUUGGUUCAAUUUAAGCUCUUAUACAUACAUCUGAAUAAUUCUUGGGUGGAAUUUUGUCGGUAUGGACACAGGAACGUUUACUGAGCAGUACAUUAUUUCUGAAACAAGUAACAAAACCUGUUUCAGUACAGGUGAACUUGUUUAAGCUUGUUUCUAGUUUCAUUUAUAUGAAGUGCAUAAUAUGCAGAAGUCAUGUUACUG